CUCCUUUAAAACUAGGAUUUGAUUGGACAGUUCGAAAUACAGUACCGAAAAGCGGCAAGGAUUGAACGUGGAAUCAUCUAAACAAAGAAGACCUGAUAAUUCAACAUUCACUACAUCAUGGAUGACUACUUAAAGAUAGAAAAAAUAGGAGAAGGUACAUAUGGUGUUGUGUACAAAGGAAAGAAUAAGAAAACCAAUGCACUUGUGGCUUUGAAAAAGAUUCGCUUGGAGAGUGAGGAUGAGGGAGUGCCGUCCACAGCCGUACGAGAGAUCUCCCUUCUGAAGGAGCUACAGCACCCAAACAUUGUCAGAUUGGAGGAUGUGCUAAUGCAGGAGAACAAGCUGUACCUGGUGUUUGAGUUCCUCUCCAUGGACCUGAAGCGUUACAUGGACACCAUCCCCUCCGGCGAAUACAUGGACAAGAUGCUUGUCAAGAGUUACACAUAUCAGAUAACACAGGGUAUGCUGUUCUGUCACCAGCGGAGAGUAUUACAUAGAGACCUGAAGCCCCAGAACCUCCUCAUUGACCAGAAAGGAGUCAUCAAGCUGGCUGACUUUGGUCUUGCGAGGGCGUUUGGCAUACCUGUCCGAGUAUACACACAUGAGGUGGUGACACUGUGGUACAGAGCACCGGAGGUUCUACUGGGUUCUCAGCGAUACUCCACUCCUGUAGACAUCUGGAGUAUCGGCUGUAUAUUCGCUGAAAUGGUCACCAAGCGUCCUCUCUUCCAUGGAGACUCAGAGAUUGACCAGCUGUUCAGAAUAUUCCGGACAUUGACAACCCCAACAGAAGAGGCGUGGCCAGGAGUCACAAGCCUGCCGGACUACAAACCUACAUUUCCUAACUGGAAAACCAACCAGCUGGCAAGCUCCGUCAAACAGCUAGAUAAAGCUGGUCUUGAUUUGCUGCAGAAAAUGUUGAUAUAUGACCCUGCACUGCGUCUGUCAGCCAAGGAGGCAUUGAAGCAUCCCUACUUUGCCAACCUGGACAAGUCAGCCCUGCCUGCCAAGACCCCAUAGACACCAACCACCCUACUGUGAUGUCUCCUGCCAUGCCAUGGGUCCGCCUGCCUGCCUGAUAUACCAUGUCUAUGUAUAAGAUACAUGUCACUGUAGACAUUCAUUGUGAAUAGUCUGUUUGAGGAUCAUUAUUAACUGACAUGAUAAUGCAGUGAGGUCAUUGCUUGGCUCUCCAUGGAUUAUGUGAUAAAAUUGCACAAAUUAAGGACUGAUAUAAACCUGUGUAAAGACUGAUGUUGAUUUUAGUUUGCAUUCAACCAGUUAUGAAAUAUGUGAUGGAUGCGUAUUGCUGACACACUUAUUGUGUAUGUUAUUUAACAUUUUAUCUAUGAACAAUUCUGUUUCCAAUUUCCUAUAAAGCCAAGUGAACAUAGAUAAUAAUCAAAGGUUUCCUGAGAUUAUAACUCACACAAUAGAAAAAAAUUAUUCUUGAUCUCAGAACAUCACUUGAUCGUAUGUUCACAUGAAUGUACAAGUGUCCAGCACUUUUGUCCAACUUAAUCACUUCAGUACACUAUAUACAUUACAGUAAACUCACCUUAUAACAAACUCCUCAGGACCUGUCAGAUUUAGUUAUUUUUGCUAUUGCCCUAUAACCAGUGUGUGUAUAUAAAACUUAUUUAUUUGAGGCAAACAGUUGUCAAAUUUUGAGUUCUUAUUACCAAGUUUCAUUUCAGUAUCAAUUUUUAUUAUUAAGUUUCAGGAUGGUUUUUAACCUCCUACCAGAGUGCUUUUAUAAACAAUAACUGCAUUAUUACCAUCUCACGGCAUCAUUUAAAGUUAUUUAAAUCAGAAUGUCUACUUUGGAAUCCCUGAGCCCAGGUUUGCAUUACACUUAAGGACUUAGAGAAAAGGAGUGACUCUUGCAAUAUUUGUAUGUGUAGUUGCAUAUUCAGGAAGUUUUUGUAUAUUACUUCAGCAUUGAACAUUUAUACAAUUAUAUGAGCAUAUCUUGGCUGACCUUUUAAGUGACGUGACCAUCUAACCCCCAUGGAAUUGAUCAAAUACAAGAGCUUAUCAACAAAUGUGCUAACUUAGUUCAGUUAAUGUUAUAUGUUUUUAUCUCCAUGCUGGCUGUGGGUGAAAUAAACAAAAGUGCAUGAUUGUUUCCAUACAACUUCAAUCUAAACAGUUAAAUUUUGCUCAUUUGUAAUAACUUAAGCCUAAAAUUAUGUGUAAUUAAGUAUUAAGAUUAUCAGCUUAUAACGUCAUCAUAAUUGGAUUUAUAUUAGUUUUUUAUUUAAAACCCUCUAUGAAAUUACAGACAGACUUUCUAAACUAUCAUAUUUCAUACAAAAUUAAUUUAUAAUGACAAUACAAGAAUUUACCAUUGGUUGUUAUUAACUGGUUUUAUACUUUUUUUACAUUUUAUUAUCUUUUUAUGUAAUUUCAUACAGAGUUAACUUCAGAUUUAUGUAUAGUAUCUUUAAAAUAAGGAUGAAUGCCAUAAUUUGAUAUAUUUCCUUUAUUUUUUAAAAAUGGCCCUGGAAAUGUUUGUUAUAAGAGGAGUUGACUAUAUAUGGUGAAUGGAUUAUACAAGCUUGUUCAAAAACUGAUAUUAAUUAUUGCCUUUGGUCAUAUUUUCAAAGCAUUUAAAUAAUUCAUUGAACAAAUUACUUAGUUUGUUGUAAACCAUGAUUUCUUUAGUUUUUAUGGAACAAAUAUUUAUAUAUAUAUAUAUAUAAACAUAUUCUGUUAAUUACAGCUAGGAUAUGAACUCGUUUGAAUAGUAAGAUGCUUUGUGAAUAUUUAUCCAGGUAUUCCUAUAUUUUCCCACCGAUCAUGUGUUCAAUAUUGUUGAUCUGCUUUAAUGGUUCAUUUAUGAGAAACACAGAGUUAUGAACCCUUUAUUUUAUGUAUAAAUGUGUUUGGUGUACAUGUUAGGGGUUUGGCUCCCGGUGAUUAUGUGGAAGAAUCAACUUUUAACUGUUGGAUAUACAUGUGGUAACUUCUGUAAAAAGGGUAUACUUAUCUUGGUGUAAAUUAUGUACUACCUCGAGUGCUAUAAUAAAAAUAUCUGUCAUGUGUUCCCGUUCCGGAUAGAUAAAUUCUGACCCGAGGGCACCUGCGUUGCCAGGUAACGAGGCUUGCCGAGUUACCGGCUACGCAGCGUGCCCGAGGGUCGGAUUUUUCUAUCCGGAACGGGAACACAUGACAGAUAUUUUUUCUAGCAUACCUUUAAUUACAUUUUUUGUGAAGAAAAUACAUAAGAAAGCGCGUUUUUAUACAUUUCACCAAAAAGCGCGUGCGAUGAUGUUUACUGACGUCAUGACGCAGUAAUUUGUAUUCACCGCAUAUGUCAAUAAGUUCCUUCGAUAUCACGUCUUUUAAGGGUUAUUUUGUUUUGUUUUUAAGGAAUAUUUUUGUAAAGUUAAUGUUAAUCGAACUCAUCUAUUGAAAUCUCAUAACUAUGGUUACAUUUAUUGUUUAAUAAAAGAAAAUGAAAGUGUUACGUCACAGCGCGUGACUCAUCUGGCAUGGCAGAUGGAGUUUUCCAGCACGGCUGAAUUCACCGGAAAUGCCUAUCCGGUGUGCUAGAAUACAAUAUAAACAUGGCUUUUUAAGUAUGUACCAUAAACAUAGCAUAUUUUGCGUGCUUCAUUGGACAAAAUUGCACGACAUCGUUUUUCAUAGGUUGUACAAAGAGUACUUUCCAAGAUAUUUAAGAAACUACGAGUUUUGUUUUUAUUUUAACAGUAUAUUUUUUGCCAUCAAACUUCCUAUGGAAAAAUUUGCAACACCAUGUUGACUAUUGGCACAGAAACGUACUGCUUACAGAUACAAUGCUUUAAGUUAUUCAUGAAGUGCUUGUUCAUCAUUUGUUUUAAAAUGUGCUCUAUAAAACUUUUGUAUUCUUUCUGUCUUUUCUGUUAUGAAUGAGCUCAUGCAUAAAUGAAUGGAAAUAAAUUUGUAUUUAAAUUAUA